GGUGCUGGUUUCGCUUAGUAGCUGAGCAGCCUUGAAUGGUACUGUGUGCUGUUCUCUCUGUCCUGCCGCUGGAUGCUGUGGAGGGUGCUCAGGCAAGCUCCGAAGUUGUGACAUGGAUGCAUUGACCUAUGAUGAUGUGCAUGUGAACUUCACUCAAGAAGAAUGGGCUUUGCUGAAUCCUACACAGAGAAAUCUCUACAAAGAUGUGAUGUUGGAGAUCUACAGGAACCUCAAAGCUGUAGGCUACAAUUGGGAAGACCAAAACACUGAAGAACAUUGUCAAAGUUCCAGAAGACAUGGAAGGCAUGAAAGAAGUCAUACUGGAGAAAAACCCUCUGAAAAUAUUCAAUGUGGUAAAGCCUUUGCAAAUCAAAGUCAUGUCCAUGUACAUAAAAGAAUACAUACUGGAGAGAAACCCUAUGAAUGUAAUCAAUGUGAUAAAACCUUUGCACAAAAGACUCAUCUCAAAAUACAUAUAAUAACACAUACUGGAGAGAAACCUUACAAAUGUGAUCAAUGUGAUAAAGCCUUUGCAUCUCAUAGUACGCUCCAAGUACAUAAAAGAACACAUACUGGAGAGAAACCCUAUAAAUGUAAUGAAUGUGGUAAAGCCUUUGCACAAUACAGUACUCUCAGAAUGCAUGAAAAAACCCAUACUGGAGAGAAACCCUAUGAAUGUAAGCACUGUAGUAAAUCCUUUGCCUCUCAUGGUCAACUUCGAAAACAUGAAAGAAUUCAUACUGGAGAGAAACCUUACAAAUGUAAUGAAUGUGGUAAAGCCUUUGCAGAACACAAUACUCUCAAAAGGCAUAAAAUAACCCAUACUGGAGAGAAACCCUAUGAAUGUAAGGAAUGUAGUAAAUCCUUUGCCUCUCAUGGUCAACUUCGGAAACAUGAAAAAAUUCAUACUGGAGAGAAACCUUACAAAUGUAAUCAAUGUGGUAAAGCCUUUGCAUACCAUUAUCAUCUUCAAAUCCAUAAAAGAAUACAUACUGGAGAGAAACCUUAUAAAUGUAAUGAAUGUGGUAAAGCCCUUGCAUGUCAUCGUAGUCUUCAAAUGCAUAAAAGAAUACAUACUGGAGAGAAACCCUAUGAAUGUAAGCAAUGUAAUAAAUCCUUUGCCUCUCAUGGUCAACUUCAAGCACAUGAAAGAAUUCAUACUGGAGAGAAACCUUACAAAUGUAAUGAGUGUGGUAAAGCCCUUGCAUGCCAUCGUAGUCUUCAAAUGCAUAAAAGAAUACAUACUGGAGAGAAACCCUAUGAAUGUAAGCAAUGUAGUAAAUCCUUUGUUUCUAAUGGUCAACUUCGAAAACAUGAAAGAAUUCAUACUGGAGAGAAACCUUACAAAUGUAAUCAAUGUGGUAAAGCCUUUGCAGAACACAGUACUCUCAAAAGGCAUAAAAUAACCCAUACUGGAGAGAAAUCCUAUGAAUGUUUGCAAUGUAGUAAAUCCUUUGCCUCUCAUGGUCAACUCCGAAAACAUGAAAGAAUUCAUACUGGAGAGAAACCUUAUAAAUGUAACCAAUGUGACAAAGCCAUUGCAUAUCAUAGUUAUCUCCAAGUACAUAAAAGAAUACAUACUGGAGAGAAACCCUAUGAAUGUAAGCAGUGUAGUAAAUCCUUUGCUCAUGGUCAACUUCAAAAUCAUCAAAGAAUUCAUAAUGGAAAGAAACCUUACAAAUAUAAUGAAUGUGGUAAAGCCUUUGCACACCAUCAUUAUCUUCGAAUACAUAAAAGAAUACAUUGGAGAGAAACCUUACAAAUGUAGAAAAUAUGGCAAAGCCUAUUCACAAUCAAGUCACCUCCAACUACAUGAAAGACCACAUACUAAAGAGUAAUCCUAUGAAUAUAACCAAUGUGGUAAAGCCAUUACAGCAAUCUUGAAAGGUGUGGUUUGAAAAUACUUGGCCCAUGAGAAGUGGUAGUAUUCACAAGUAUGGCCUUUCAGGAAUAGAUGUGGCAUUUGAGAAAGUAUGUCACGGUGGGAGUGGACUUUGAGAUCCUAUGCUUAAGCUCCACACAGGGCAGAAGAGUCUUCUGAUCAAGAUGUAGAACUCUUGUCUCCUGCAGCACCAUGUCUGCUUGGACACUGCCAUUUUUUCAGCCUUGAUAUUAGACUGAACCUCUGAAUCUGUACACUAGCCCCAUUUAAAUGUCCUUUAUAA